AUGAUAACCUCCCCGCGAGCGCCGGCGGCGGUUGCGAGCCUCCAACAAUAUGUCGUAAAUCACAGCAUACUUGCGGAAGAUGCCGAGGCUCCGAACGAGGUUCCGAACGAGGCUCCGAACGAGGCUCCGAACGAGGCUCCGAACGAGGCUCCGAACGAGGCUCCGAACGAGGCUCCGAACGAGGCUCCGAACGAGGCUCCGAACGAGGCUCCGGACGAGCUCCGACGAGGCUCCGACGAGGCUCCGACGAGGCUCCGAACGAGGCUCCGGACGAGGCUCCGAACGAGGCUCCGAACGAGGCUCCGAACGAGGCUCCGAACGAGCCCGAACGAGCUCCGAACGAGGCUCCGAACGAGGCUCGAACGAGGCUCCAAACAGCUCCGACGAGGCUCCGAACGAGGCUCCGAACGAGGCUCCGAACGAGGCUUCGAACGAGGCUCCGAACGAGGCUCCGAACGAGGCUCCGAACGAGGCUCCGAACGAGGCUCCGAACGAGGCUCCGAACGAGGCUUCGAACGAGGCUUCGAACGAGGCUCCGAACGAGGCUCCGAACGAGGCUCCGAACGAGGCUCCGGACGAGGCUCCGUACGAGGCUUCGAACGAGGCUCCGAACGAGGCUCCGGACGAGGCUCCGAACGAGGCUCCGAACGAGGCUCCGGACGAGGCUCCGAACGAGGCUCCGAACGAGGCUUCGAACGAGGCUCCGAGCGAGGCUCCGAACGAGGCUCCGAACGAGGCUCCGAACGAGGCUCCGAACGAGGCUCCGAACGAGGCUUCGAACGAGGCUCCGAACGAGGCUUCGAACGAGGCUUCGAACGAGGCUCCGAACGAGGCUCCGGAGAAAUUUUUGGGUUUCAUUUUAUGUAUUCAUGUGUUUAUUGA